AUGGCUGUCACCGCGAACGGGGGAAUGGAGAUGCCUUCAUGGUUUGACAUCCUCGACUUUGACUGGAGAACUCGAGAAGAUGAAGCGGGCAUGCGCAAAACUAUCACCUCCCUGGGCACAUUCCUCGAUUCAGAAGUCGCUGCGGGCAUUCCCGCUAAUCGCAUCGUCCUCGGCGGAUUCAGUCAGGGAGGCGCAAUUAGUCUCUUGACCGCCCUAACAUCGGAUAAGAAAUUGGGCGGGGUGACGGUCUUGAGCGGAUGGCUUCCACUGCAUCAGAAGAUUAAAUCGAUGGUCACAUCAAAUAACGUCACAACACCGUUAUUCUGGGGCCACGGAGAGGACGACCCGCUUGUCGAAUUCGACAUGGGCGUUCGCUCGGUCGAAUUUCUUAAGAAAGAGUUCAGUAUCCCAACGGCGGACCCAGAGUCGCCGGAGAAGGGCGGGCUCAUGUUUAAUUCAUAUGAAGACCUCCCUCACUCGACAUCCAACGAGGAAUUACGGGACUUGAAGGAGUGGCUCAAGAAGGUGUUGCCGAAUGCCUGA